AGAGGUUUAUCCUCGAUUGAUCGCUACGCCAAGCUGCAUCUCGUCCAACAUGGCCGGCCAGGAAGAUCCAGUGCAAAGAGAGAUUCACCAAGACUGGGCGAAUCGAGAGUAUAUAGAAGUAAUAACGAGCAGCAUCAAAAAAAUCGCCGACUUUCUGAACUCGUUUGAUAUGUCGUGUCGAUCCCGUUUGGCCACCCUCAAUGAGAAGUUGACUGCUUUGGAGAGGAGGAUUGAAUACAUCGAGGCAAGAGUGACAAAAGGAGAAACCUUGACCUAGAGCUCAUCAUGGAAAUUCAUAGCAUCCGUAAGCUACCUGCCCACUCCCCAUCCUGAAUAUUUGGAAUAAGUGUGAUGGACUCCACCCUCCUUUUUUGGGACCUUGUGGACCAUUUUUUAUAUUAUAUGGCUGAGUUUUGUGUUGUUUUAUCUCAUGAAACAUUUGUAUAGAAGAUGUGGGUCUGUCUUGGGUGUCAGUGACUCAAGCAUCAUAAAUGUUACAAAAUUAUGCUCCAUAAACAUUGGUUUCAUAAGAAUAUUCUGGAGCUCAAUUGUGGCUCUGGUAUCAGCACAAUUUGUUGACCAUCUGUGUUGCAUACAGUGUCAUUGCCCAAUCAGAGGUUUAUGAAAAGGGGAACAUUCUUGUGUGCCAAGUUGAACAAAUAAUUGUUGUCACCUGUAUUAAGGACCUGCUUGUACAGUGAAUUGUUUGGCGAUGUUUCAGAAUUUAAAUACUGUAAUAAAUGAUUGACAAUGA